CUUCUGUGGGCACCCACCCCUGUUGGGGUGAUUCAUUAGCCUUGCAUCUGCUCACUUUCUUCCCUAAUCUGGCAUUCUUCAUUUGUUUUUGUCUUCUGUAGCUGCUCAAAUCUAGAGGCCGAGUAUCACUCUAUUUGACAUUGCAAGAAAUGGAGGCUACCUCCAAAGAACCACCCGCAGAAGCUAUGGAAUCCUUGUCUGUGUCCAAUUCAGAGAAUGUGGAAUCAUCUGGCACUUCAAAUCCAAAUCCAACUAAUCAAUUGAGUUUGGAACAGAGGUUUCAGAUCGUGAGGAGUGUUGGUGAAGAGUGUAUUCAAGAAGAUGAGCUCCUCAAUUUGCUGGCAAAGAAGCCUGAGCCUGUUUGCUAUGAUGGGUUUGAGCCCUCAGGUCGGAUGCACAUUGCUCAGGGAGUCAUGAAGGCUAUAAAUGUGAACAAGCUGACAUCUGCUGGGUGUAGAGUUAAGAUAUGGAUUGCUGAUUGGUUUGCACAGCUAAACAAUAAAAUGGGUGGAGAUUUGAAAAAAAUUGAGGUAGUAGGCCGUUAUUUGAUUGAAAUUUGGAAAGCUGUUGGGAUGGAUCUAGACGGAGGAAAGGUAGAGUUUUUAUGGUCAUCAAAGGAGAUUAAUGCAAGAUCUCAUGAAUACUGGCCUCUUGUAAUGGAUAUAGGUCGAAAGAACAACCUCAAAAGGAUAAUCAGGUGUUGUCAAAUCAUGGGCAGAAAUGAGCAAGAUGAAUUAACUGCAGCCCAGAUCUUUUAUCCAUGCAUGCAGUGUGCUGACAUAUUUUUUCUCAAGGCUGACAUUUGCCAAUUGGGAAUGGAUCAGCGGAAAGUGAAUGUACUUGCUAGAGAAUAUUGUGAUGACAUUAAGAGGAAGAACAAGCCUAUCAUCUUGUCACACCAUAUGUUACCUGGCUUACAGCAAGGGCAAGAGAAAAUGUCAAAAAGUGACCCAUCAUCUUCCAUAUACAUGGAAGAUGAGGAGGCUGAAGUAAACCUGAAGAUAAAGAAGGCUUAUUGUCCACCAAAGAUUGUGGAAGGAAAUCCAUGCUUGGAGUACAUUAAGUACCUUAUCUUCCCAUGGUUUAAUGAGUUCUCAGUGGAGCGCGGUGCAGAGAAUGGUGGGAAUAAGACAUUUAAGACCUUUGAGGAGCUUAUUGCUGACUAUGAAAGCGGGGAGCUACAUCCUGCUGAUCUGAAACCGGCUUUAGCAAAGUCACUGAACAAAAUUCUGGAGCCUGUCAGGGAACAUUUCAAAAAGGACAACAAUGCCAAAGAUCUCUUAAAAAGAGUCAAGGCUUACCGAGUCACCAAAUGAUAUGAUACGCUGAUUUGGAACUCCAACUUCAUUAUAUUUAUUUACUUAACAGCCAUCGGAUUCCGGAGCACCAUAUUUACCUUGUUAAUUGUAAAUCACAGUAGCAUCUCUUUAGAUAAUUGUGAUAAAUUAUUGGUUUGAGAUAC